AUGGCCUCUUCCAUUAUCACUCGGAGCCUUCUUUUUAGCUCUCUAUGGUCGAGUCUGUCCUCGGCAUUGAUCCUUCCGACAUCUUCCCCUCAAACAGACAUCUUGAGCGCGAGGUCAAAACCUCCCAAGCUUCAGUCAUCAUGGAAUAUUAUGGGCGCUCUUUUUCCUUGCGUCUUCAUCAUUAUUGCCGUCUACUUUCUCGUGGAGCACUGCUACGUACGAGCGAAUCGAGGUUUUGACCAGGUCGAAUCUCCUCAAUGGACCUCAUCGCAACUGGGCGAAGACGGCCCUGAAUACCAAGUCGUGUGGUUAUCAGAUCUGCUGGGUGUUAUGGUGACGAGUGAUAGGGAGAUCGUCGGUAUGGCUCGUCGGCAACCCCCCGAAGAAGAAGAAAGUUCGUCUGGGAUAACCACGACCACCUCCACUUCGUCGGCUUCAUCAAACGCGGUACCGGUACCCCCAAGGCUGUACGCCUUGUGA